AUGGCAGAGAAAAUGAAUUAUAGAACCAGUGUGACAUCGCAACCAGUCUCGGAAAGAUCGAGAUGGCCACCAUUAACGCGGAUGCUUAUGUCGGGAGAGAUGAGUGGUGAACGGCCGAAAGAACUCAGUACUAGAGAAAGAUUCGACAGGUGGAUGAUCAACGAGGGUUACCGGAGAUUUUUCGUUUUCGUCUUCGCUGCUAUCCACCUGAUGGUAUUCUCUUUCGGUUUCAUGAACUACCAGAUUAAGGACAAUCUAUCGAUAGCGCGGAGUACUUUUGGUCUCACAUAUCCAAUCGCGAGAGCAGCAGCACUAACGCUUCAUUUCGAUGUUGCUAUGAUUCUGUUCCCAGUGUGUAGGACACUCAUCUCCCUCGCCAGGAAGACACCUCUAAACGGCAUCAUACAAUUCGACAAGAAUAUCACUUUCCACAAGACUACCGCCUGGUCGAUUGUGUUCUUUUCUUGGGUUCACACAAUUGCGCAUUGGAACAACUUCGCCCAGAUCUCGGCUAAGAACAAUUUGGGUUUCGGUGGAUUCUUGUUGGCAAACUUCGUCACCGGUCCAGGAUGGUCUGGAUAUAUCAUGUUGGUAGCACUCAUGUGCAUGGUUGCGACUUCGGUCGAAAAGGCUCGUCGCGCCAACUUCGAGCGUUUCUGGUACACUCACCACAUGUUCGUCAUAUUCUUCGUUUUCUGGUCGAUCCAUGGAGCCUUCUGUAUGAUUCAACCGGAUUUUGCGCCAUACUGCGUCAGCAUUGGAAGUACCGCCAUUGGAGUGUUCUGGCAAUACUGGAUGUACGGAGGAUAUAUCUAUCUCAUGGAGAGAAUUGCUCGUGAAAUUCGUGGCAAGCACAAAACAUACAUCUCUAAAGUCGUCCAACAUCCAAGCAACGUUUGCGAGAUUCAGAUAAAAAAGGAGCACACCAAGACGCAGGCUGGUCAAUAUAUUUUCUUCUGUUGUCCCGAGGUCUCCAUCUGGCAAUAUCAUCCAUUCACUCUUACUUCAGCACCCGAAGAAGAUUACAUUUCAAUACACAUGAGAAUGGUGGGAGAUUUCACCAAAGAAGUUGGACGAACUCUGGGUUGCGAACUCGAUAAACCAAGGGGAGGCGGAGGCAAGAAAGAGGGAUCGCAAGUUGUCGGUGUUAACAGCAAUGCUCCAGGAACAGAAUCCGUCGACCCAGCAAUCCGACGAGUCCUCCCACGAGUAUAUAUCGAUGGUCCAUUCGGCUCGGCUUCUGAGGAUGUCUUCAAAUACGAGAUUGCCAUGCUUUGUGGUGCUGGUAUCGGUGUCACUCCUUUCGCUUCUAUCCUCAAGUCCAUUUGGUAUAGAAUGAACUAUCCACAACAAAAGACUCGUCUCCGAAAAGUCUACUUUUUCUGGAUUUGCCGUGACUUUGGAUCUUUCGAGUGGUUCCGUUCGCUCUUACUUGCUAUCGAAGCUCAAGAUAUGGACAAUCACAUUGAGAUUCAUACCUACCUUACCGCCAAGAUAAAGGUCGAUGAUGCCACCAAUAUCAUGAUCAAUGAUGCUAACGCCGACCGUGAUGCCAUUACUGGUCUGAGAGCACCAACGAACUUUGGUCGACCGAACUGGGACAUGAUUUUCAAGAGUGUAAGAAAGAUUCACGCCCCGGCCGAGGCAGGUGUGUUCUUCUGUGGACCGAAGGUGUUGGGUAGUGUGUUGCAUAUUAAGUGUAAUUUGUAUAGCGAACCGGGUUUCUCUUUCGCGUGGGGUAAAGAAAAUUUCUAG